AUUGACAGAGUUUGUCAACGCUUUUUGAUCAGAAGCUAUAAUCUAUUAUAGUCAAUUAUAAAAACGAUUUGAUUAAGAUCUAAUUUUUAAGAUUACGUUCAUUAUGUCUAAAACUGCGCAAAAGCAAUUUCGUACAAUGUAUUUCCAGUACCCCAUUGGAAACUAAUUGAGGAGUCUGUUUAUGGGGCAAUAAAAAGUUCAAUAUAUGCAAAAUGUAUCAAAAUGUUAUAGAUAGCGAUUUGCAGGAUGGCAUUGACAGUAAAGAUCUGGCAAAAAAUCUAGAACAUUGGAUGACCGAACUGCCCCAACAACUCAGGAGGGUACCAAUUAUUUAUCUAGCUAUACCUGGUUCCCAUGAUAGUUUUACUGUAGAUAUAACAAUGAAUUCAAAGGUUGCUCCAGAUGCUGAAAAAAUUCUUCAAAAAUUACAAUGUCUUCUUUGCUUAAGAUACAUAAUGGCCAGAUGGUCAAAAACACAGUCCUAUUCAGCAAGUGAACAACUUAGGUCAGGUAUAAGAUUUUUUGAUUUGAGAAUUGCUACUAAAGAAAGGGAAGACAAUUUAUACUUUGUGCAUGGGUUGUACUCAGAUGAGGUGCAAACUGUCUUGGACGAUAUAGUUUCAUUUUUAGAAACCCAUCCACAGGAAGUUGUUAUUUUAGAUUGUCAACAUUUUUAUGGAUUUACGCGGCAGACUCACAUUAGAUUCAUGCAAUUGCUUACAUCUACUUUCGGAGCUAAACUGUUACCUUACACGGAACAUAUGGACUUUCUAACAUUAGAGUACCUGACUACUCUGUUUGGAUACCAAGUUAUAACUGUGUAUCGAUCAGACGAAGCUCGUUUUGGACAACCUUUACUAUGGCCUUCUGCAAAUUUUCCAAAUCCAUGGCCUAAUACUUAUAAUCAAACUGAUUUAUUUAAUGAUUUGGACUCCGGAUUAAAAUCAAGAUCUUUAUCUGUGGGGUUUGUGAGUCAGUGCAUUUUAACUCCUAGUCUUUCAUAUAUUUUUAAGAAUUUAUUUAGUAACUUAAAAGACAAAUGUGGAUUUGAUUUAGAAGACAUAAGAACAAGAUGGAUUUCUAAACAAUGUCCAGGCCCAAAUGGAGGUUUUAAUAUUGUUAUUGCGGAUUUUGUGGAUUUAUCAGAUAAUUUGUUUGCGAAAACUGUGAUUAAUUUAAAUUUAAAAUUGUUGAAUGUUCAAAAUCUGAAGCCUUGCUACCCUAUAUUAACAAUUGUAAAUGAAGCAAAUAAUAAGUAUUAACAUG